CUGAGUCACUUUGCUGCACAGCAGAGAUUGGUACAACGUUGUAAAUCAGCUCUACUUCAAUUUUAAAAAAGAAUGCAUCUGUAAACAAUAGAGCAUGCAAAAACCCUUCUCUUCAUGGAGCUCGCGUUCUAACUGAUGGUGUGCCCUUUCCCUGUUGUCCAGACGCUAGGACGAGCUUGUCCUGCCUGGAAGCCACUCCUGACUGCUUCAGCCCAGGUUCUUUCUCCUGCAUUUUUCGAGGCACCUGUUACCUGUUCCUCCCUUCUGACAGACACUGUCUUGUGUUCUUGGUGCUUUUUAUGUGUGAAUAUCUUAUCUCCUCGAGUUCAUUAGAAGCUUCUUGAGAGUGGAGACCAUGUCAUUUGUUCAUGAAAAAGUUUGUGUACCCAUGUAUAUACCCUGCCUUAUGUACACCAUCUUAAAUAUUUGCAGUUAGGCCCCUAAUAAAUAUCUUUAAUUGAUUUGAGGGCAUUUCGUGGCUCUCUGUUUUAUCAAGUACGGUCGCCCUAAGACCGUGCUAAACCAUUAGUCAUCAAAGUGUUUUUUAAAGAUCCUGUGUGACUGUGUCACUACUGGUUCUGCUACUUCAUCCUCCGCCGAGGAACCAGCCACAUGCCAGGCGCAGCCUCUGCCUCCACCUCGUCAGCCGAGAUCACCUCUGCGAUAUUCUAUAUGAGGUUCAUCAGUCUUGACUGUAACACUGAUGCUGUUAUGCAGAGGGGCAAGAGGUACCAGGCGGAGGAGGAGGACUGCUAAUUAUGUCUGUAGUUGAGGCUUGUGUUCAUCUCUCCAUCAGAGACUGGCAUCUAAGACAUCAGAGUGCCUUGAUUUCUUGCCUUUAUUUCUGAGUUGAGGCUAACGAGUGUCCAUCCGAAAACUCAUCUCCUUAUUGGUAGGACUGCAAAAGGAGGCUACGGCUUUGGCGGGUCAGUGGCACCCCUUUGCAUGGCCAUUCGAUGGCCGUCUGUGGCUGAGGCUGGAACACACUCCAUUAGGGGCUAGAGAGCUGAGCAAAGGCACCUGCUCCCAGCCUGGGAGCCUCACCUGACUGGCCUCAUGUGCUGACAAAGGGAAUUGGCUUCCAUUUAAAGGUAAAAGUUGAGGGAUGGAGUUCUGGUUUCUUUUAAAUUUUGUUUGCAGUGGUUAUCGUCGACAGGCAGACCUCCGAGGCCUCCUGCCCCAGGUUCAAACCUUGCCUCUGUCACUUAACCAGUUGCGGAAGCUUGAGGAGGGCAAUUAAUUUCUUUUUAAAACGGUGCUAAUAACAGUACUUUCCUUAGUGGGUCCUUAUAAAGCUUGGAUGAGUUUUUAUAUGCGGGCAUAGUAGGCCCACAUAGAGAUGGAAACAUACACGCUUGGAUGUUAGAAAAUAUUUAUCCACUUACUUAACCUUUUCUAUGUCAUAGAGGGAACUUGAGAUUUUCGCUGUCGAGAGGUGGUCCGGUGACCUAGAGCUGCUUCCCUAGAUGCUCUUACAGUGCCAGAGGUCAAGAUAUCUCGAUAUAGAUCUUAACUUUUAUAUAGUACAUCAUUGCCUUCUUAAGGUGCAGGGUUUAUUUAUUAGGCAUGCCUUCAGACCCUAUAGCGAUCAGACUAUGCCUAAGAGGAAUGGGCUGAGUUAGGUGGAUUUCGGUGGAUUUAUAAUGACUACCAACAUAAACAAGCUCAGAGAGUGUUGAGUAAAGGUGAGCUGUCCUGGGAGGAGGCCCUGGCGCUGGGCCACAGACUGAGUCAUCGUCACGGAUGGGAGCUCAGGUGGCAUAUCCAAGGAGAGGAGUUAAUACAUUGGAAGGGAACACCACAACCAGACCGUUUCUGAUAAGACGAAUACGGCAUAAUUGAUGACGUCUUCUUUCUUUCUUUAAAUUGCAUAAAUGAGACCUGACUUAAUCGCAGAUCAUGUGAAAAAGUUCUCUAGGGGAUGAAAGUGUGACAAUAGCCAGAAGCCUACCACUGUCUUAGAUCAGGUGAAUAUAGAGUCCAGAGCCGGGGAGGUGAUGGUGCCGUGGGGAGACACAGUUAGAGUCUAUCUCGUUCUUCAUAUGACAUUUUUAGAGGGAGUUUGAUAUGCCCGAACGGGAGCAAAGGCGAGGAACCAGGAGGGCAGAGGAUUUGAAAAGUGUCAGGUGGUAGAAGGACCUGAGGAAGCUUUUUUAUUUCAUAGUUUUGAGAUGGAACGUACCAGCGGAUCCAUAAAUGCACAUAGACUUACCUGCGGUGUCCCAGACCGUGGACAGCUAGAGAAGAGACGGCUUAGAAUGUAGGCACGGGGUUAUUAUUUGUAGCCCUCAGAUGGGUUGUCAGACAGAAGAGGGUUCUACGUUGUUUAGCUUUCCGAGGGCGGAAUAGGAAGCACUGUGUGGGGUUCCAGGACUCAGCUGGUGGGGGAGGCCUUCACCCGAGGAUGUGCCUGGCUUGGACGAGGCCCGAGCUCUGAGGGAAAAGGUCCUUGAAGACGGGCUACAUCACGGGUGCGAAGACACCCUGUGAUUCUGGUGGAGCUUUAGCCUGGCAGCCCUUCUCACUCAGAGAUCCGGGAUCGUCUUGCUGCGAGAUUCGUUGCGUUUUUGUACUUCCCAGCUCCGGCCUCAUCCUAGACUUCAUCUUUAUUGCUGGUUAGCUACUGUAUUCAUGAGGAGGUGGGAGAAUUUGCUCUGCAGACAUCCUCAGCUACCCAAGUCGACUUCAGCUCGGAGUAGGGGCUAAUUUAUCGGGAUCUCUUUGGUUCCUGAGUGGAGCUAGUGAGAGGUGCCUGCUUGGGUAUUAUUUUGUUUGGGGGAGUUCAGGCAGAAUUAUUACCGACACGACAGCAUUCGUGUCCUUCUUAAUUAUUCUUUUCCUCUCAGACUCCGUUUUUCUGUGGUCUUAAGGGGCUGGUUGAUAUUCCUCUCCUCCUUUCCUCUCUCCCAACUCCUACCCCUUUUCCGUCUCGAGCCAUUUCUGUGUCGUUUCUUGUACUGUAAACAGAGAUGAAUCAUUUUCUCUACGGCUCUGUCGAAACAAGUUCCUCUGUGUGUCCGUGUGUCCGUGGGUGUGUAAAUACAGUGCGUACACGUGCCUAUGCCUGAGUGAUUCAGCGUGGGGCUCAUCAAGCAUGUGGUGCGGUACAAACGGUGCAGUGAAAAGGAUGUUUUUGCACAUAUCUGGAAUGGCUUUUUUGUGCCUUACCGAUGUGAGGCACAGAAAUUCUAAAAAAGAAAGGAGAAAAAGCAGAGGAAGCAGCAAUGGAAAAGAAACCCUAUGCAUCAUCCCACACCCCUCCCCGCCGUGGUUUCCGACGUGUUGGGAGCUCAGGGGCACCUCACGGGGAGAACGAGCUCUUGACAUAGUGACCUCAUUCCCCAUGCCGUCCUUCUCCUGGCAAAAGCUGUGCUGGCUCCCCGGCUGUCUCGGCUGCAAGGCGGCCGGCACUGCAUUGGGAAUGAUGCGACCCAGGCUUGCAGGGACUUGCCCGGCAACUGGAAUUUAUGACAAAUAGCUCGCUGCAGCUAAACUUUGAUCCAGGGUACAGUCGAACCGCCUCUUACACACAGGAGGGAGACACGUCCUUCUCUGCAAUGAAAAGCCAGCCUUAAAAAAAAAAAAAGAAAGAAAGAAAAAAGAGAGAGCGCAUGUGUCAGGUUUAUAAUUAUGAACUGAGAACAAGGCAGAAGAGGAGUGACACUGCAGAUUCCCAAGGCACUGCAGUGGGAUAUUGGCUCAGGACCAGUGGCCAUGAUAGACGGGACUAGGCAUGGGACGGGAUGCCAGCCGUUCCAGGCAAAUAGGAGGAAAGAAUAGGAAAGAGACUUGUUUCCCUCUAAAAUCAUCCCAGCAAAGUCCAUUCAUAAAGCUUUUUAAAGGUGCUUUUUGCCAGCUUUUGAACUGAACUUGUAUCAGCAUCUCCAGCCCUGAAUUGUCAGAAGAGCUGAGAGUUGGGGGACUCAUUUUUUUUUUCCAAGUAGAUGUACCAAGGUAAAGUACCAGAUUCCUGCUGGGUUCCACGUGCCCUCAGUAGCCAAUCUAUGACUUGAAAGUUUACUCUUUCUUCUUAUUCCAGAUUCUAGGACGUCCGUUUCUGUUACUGGCUCUUUCUUGUGCCUGAAAUACUACCCCCUAGCAUGCACCAGGCUUUAGCGCCAAAGCUACCUGGGGGAUGGAGCCAGUCCAGAAAGGGUCAGGUGAUGUGUCACCAAUCAGUAUGUCUCCCAUCAGUCAAUCUCAGUUUAUCCCACUCGGGGAAAUCCUUUGCUUGGCCAUCUCCGCAAUGAACUCGGCAAGAAAACCUGUCACCCAAGAAGCACUGAUGGAGCACCUGACCACCUGUUUCCCAGGUGUUCCCACCCCGAGCCAAGAAAUUCUCCGGCAUACGCUGAACACGCUGGUCCGGGAGCGGAAGAUCUACCCGACUCCAGAUGGCUACUUCAUCGUCACCCCACAGACUUAUUUCAUAACUCCUUCCCUCAUAAGAACUAACAGUAAAUGGUACCAUUUGGACGAGAGGAUACCUGACAGGUCUCAGUGUACCUCUCCCCAGCCCGGGACCAUCACGCCCUCUGCCUCAGGCUGCGUCAGGGAAAGAACGUUGCCCAGGAACCACUGCGACUCUUGCCACUGCUGCAGGGAAGACAUGCACGGCGUGCACGCGGCCACCCUGCAGAGGAAGCCCGCCAAGGACUGCAAAGACCUGUACUGCCCUCCUUCCCUCUGCCAGGCGCCACCCACUGAAAAGAGCAAAAGCACUGUCAACUUUUCGUAUAAGACGGAAACUCUCUCCAAACCUAAAGAUGGUGAAAAGCAGUCCAAAAAAUUCGGGCUCAAGUUAUUCCGGCUCAGUUUUAAAAAAGACAAGACCAAACAGCUAGCCAAUUUUUCCGCCCAGUUUCCUCCCGAAGAGUGGCCCCUGCGAGAUGAGGACACGCCGACUACUAUCCCUCGGGAGGUGGAAAUGGAGAUCAUUCGGCGGAUUAACCCGGACUUGACCGUGGAAAAUGUCAUGAGGCACACCGCACUAAUGAAGAAACUUGAAGAAGAGAAAGCGCAUAGGAGCAAAGCCGGGUCCUCCGCGCAUCACAGCGGAAGAAGUAAAAAGAGUCGGACUCAUCGCAAGUCCCACGGAAAGUCUCGGUCGCACAGCAAGACACGAGCGUCCAAAGGAGACCCGUCAGAUGGUUCCCAUCUGGACCUCCCGGGUGAAAGGGCGUAUGACUUUUGCGAUCCUCUCACCAGGGCUCCCCGGGAAGGCUGCUUCAUCAUCGAGCACAAAGGUGAUAACUUCGUCAUGCACAGCAAUGCGAACGUGAUCGAGUCUCAUUUCCCCAUGACUCCAGAGUGGGACGUGUCCGGGGAACUGGCCAAGAGGAGAACUGAGAUGCCUUUUCCUGAGCCUUCCCGGGGAAGCUCCCACUCAAAAGUGCACCGAAGCCACAGCCAUACCCAGGACCGAAGGUCCAGGAAUGAGAGAUCCAACAAGGCCAAGGAGAGGUCCAGAUCCAUGGAUAACUCCAAAGGUCCUCUGGGUGCCUCUUCUCUGGGCAUGCCUGAAGACCUGGCUGAAGGCUGUAGCCAAGACGACCAGACCCCCAGCCAAUCCUACAUUGACGACAGUACUUUGAGGCCUGCGCAGACUGUCAGUCAUCAGAGGGCUCACAUUUCGUCCACAAGCUACAAAGAGGUGUGUAUUCCAGAAAUAGUCAGUGGCAGCAAGGAACCUCCCAGUCCCUGCAGCCUCUUGGAGCCAGGCAAACCGCCUGAGAGUUUGCCAUCCUUUGGUGAACUCAACUCUUGUCCAACAAAAACAGCUGCAGAUGACUAUUUCCAGUGUAACACCUCCAGCGAGACGGUGCUCACGGCGCCGUCACCUCUGGGAAAGAACAAAGAGGACCUUGACACUCUGACCCCGGCGGAAGGGGUGAAAAAGCUGCCUCUGUCGGACAGGCAGGCCCCACAUCCCUCCAGGGAGCCUGUAGGACACAAGGAGGAGUCGCCAAAGGGGCCGGGCGGGGGCCCAGGGGCUUCGGGCACUGUGGCCGAAGGGGUUGCCAAUGGACGCCUCAUCCAGCACCACAGUGCCGAGCCCAGCAGCCUGGACAAGAGGAAAGAGAUAUUCAGCAAAGACACACUGUUCAAACCUCUUCACAGCACCUUGUCCGUAAACAGCUAUCACAAAUCAAGCCUGUCCGUCCUCAAAUCUCACCAGAAGACACCCGCGGACACACUGCCAGGCCGAUGUGAGAAACUGGAGCCGUCCCUAGGGACCUCGGCUGCACAAGCCAUGCCAGCUUCCCAGCGUCAGCAGGAGUCAGUGGGGAACCAGGAGGCCUCUUUUGACUAUUACAACGUCUCUGAUGAUGAUGAGUCUGAGGAAGGGGCAAACAAGAACACAGAGGAGGAGAAAAACAGAGACGAUGUGGGCACCAUGCAGUGGCUCCUGGAAAGGGAGAAAGAAAGAGACUUGCAGAGGAAAUUUGAGAAGAACCUCACCCUCCUUGCCCCAAAGGAAACCGACAGCAGCAGCAACCAGAGGGCCACCCAUUCAGCGCGUCUGGACAGCAUGGACAGCAGCAGUAUCACGGUGGACAGUGGAUUCAACUCCCCACGCACUCGGGAGAGCCUGGCUUCCAACACAUCAAGCAUUGUUGAAAGUAGCCGUCGUCAGAACCCUACCUGGAGCCCGGCCCACGGUGGAGCCGGCCCGGCCUUCAAUUUCCGAGCAAGUACGGACAGCCCCACAAACGAAGCUGAGAAAUUACAGAAACCUUCCAGCUGCUUGCAAGCUUCUGUUACUAGUGUGUGACAUUCUGCCUCAGAUCUCCUGUCUCAUUCGAUACAGCCAAGUUUACGACACUGGGACUGAUGUUUACAUCUUUGGAAAGACAAGCAUCUCAACGGCAGUUUUUGUGUUGACUUAAACUGUGCUGCUAAGUAGGCUAGGGCAAAAAACAACAACAACAAAAUCUUUAUUUCAGAGUAUUGCUUUUCACAUUUAUGGCUCUGUAGCAACAAGAAUAGCAGUAGAGGUGAUAUGUAUACUUUUGCUUCACUAAUUGUAACUGAGCACACAUAGGAAAGUCUAGACACUGUCCGUGUAAUAUGCAUUUUCGCUGUCAUGCAGUUGCCAAGUCCAUUCUAAAAUGCCACAGAUGCGCGUUGCUCCCAGUCUGUGACCAAACGGUGCCACAGAACUGAUCCUUGACACUUCCCAAAACGAAAAACAAAACACAAAAAAACUAAGCCUCCACAAAAUGUCAGAUGCAAGGGUCUACCUUGAGGGAAAUCGAUGCCAAACUGACUAAAAGGGACCCCAGCCCUUUGUGUGUGAAUCGUUUAGGCCCCAGUCAUUUUGCACUGUGAGUUUUCGUGACAGGACUUUGCAGGAGCCCAUGGAAGUGUGUCAGAAGGGGUCGUGAUCCAAAUACUGGGAGUGUUUGUUUGCAGGAUUCUGUUUUUAAGUGUCACGGAUGCUUGUCUGAUUUUUUUUUUAACCUUCCAUAAUCACAAACAGGAAUGUAGGCCUUUGAAUCUGAAGUGGACAAAGGAAGGGUCUCCCAGCCUGGCUGGGGUACAACACGAAGUGAUCGGAGAGGUGAUGGGGACUUGUAAAGGUGUUCACCAGAUACUGAAGGAAGAUCAUUUCCUCCUUGUGAUACUUAACGGUGAUGCUAUCUUACUAUAAUAGAUACGAUAAUUUGUUUAAAAUCAAAAUGUUCUUUGUGAUACAAAUGAAGACUACGGCCUGGGGACGUUAUUCUUUCUAAUGGAAGGACAUAAAUCUAUUUUAUGUAGUUUUAAAUAGAAUGCCUAAAUUAGGCUGUGGGAGAUAAUUUUUAGUGGUUAUAGGAAAGAGCAAAUUUAGGGGGAGUUGAACUUCAGGCCUUUUAUUCCUGGGAAGAUAUCUAUAGAGAAAACUUUAAAAUACUUUUUGAUUAGAAAUAUACAUGUGCCCAUGUAAUUAACAACAGAAUGUGAUCAUUCUGCAAGUGUGGUGUAAUCCUAACUUGUACGCCCCUAAAAUUUAUUAGAAGAACAAUUAUGCAUACAUGAACUAUGCCAGAGUAAUGUUUACAGAUACUGCGUAACCAAUUUCAGGAGGCAUUUUUAGGUAGAUGUAUAGUUUUUGGCCCAACUUAUUUCAGAAUGGUUUGUUAACAUUUUGCUUUGGUUUACAAUACGUCAUGGUGAAUACGAAGAAGGUUCUCGGCAGCAAAGGGGUUCCAAAUAAUCAAGAUUCAGCCUUCUAAGAAGGAGGCACCUCAAAGUUCCCGUGUCUUCUUUUAUGAGAACCAUGGACGAAAUCUAUAGAUAAUGGAAAAUUAUUCACAAAAGGGUUACAUGUGACACAAGUAAAUGGCCUGACAAAAAGUUUUAUUUAGUUAAGUGGCGUGUGAUGUUUGGAGCCAUAUACCGUAAAAUAUAUAUCCAGAUAUUUUCACCUCAGAUUUCAGGAAUUGGCAUAGAAUCUGCGAAACACUUCUGCUUCGGUAUUAGGUUGAAUCACUAGCCAUCUGUUUAAAGAGUGGAGUCGUAUACACAGUGGAACUGUUUCUUGAAACAUCUGGAUCCUUCCUCAUGCUUUUUCAGAUAUCUGGAAGUUGCACUGGGUCAAACCGGACUCAUCAAGUUCAGCAUAGAUUCCUUUUUUUGUGCUUAUAGUGAAACGUGAGCACGUUUCUUGGCAAACUCCCACACCUUUAAGAUGCUUCAGUCAAUUGGCUUUCAGUCUCAUGCCUUAUUUCCUCCAAGGCAUGCCUUGGUUGCUCAGAAAUACACUCUUCUCUCACUGCUUAACUUUGUCUGGGAGGAAUGAUAACAUAUCAAAUAGACUAUAUACUGAGGCUGUUUCCUUGGGGAGUUGUAAGCCACACAAUUACUAAAUUCUUCUAAAUUCUUUUUUUCCCCCCAAACCCUGCCCUCCAGCGUCUGUCAUACUAUCAGUUCAUAAAUAAUAGAACCAUUGAAACAAUACAUCAGCCUCUAGUUGAUCCUCCUAAAGUAGCCAUUAUAAUAAUCAAAUACUGUGUGAACAGGAAAGGAAAGCAUUACCUUUAAGAGAAGCUUUAAAAUAUGAAUUUAUCAAUAUUUCACAAGAAAUAGGUUUACAGAAGACAUUGGAAUAAAAUGUGUACCACUCUUUGCCUGAUGCUAUGAGGUACAUGAUUAAAAAAACAACAAAAAAAAACUCCCUUAGACCAGCAGCCAUUAGCAUAGAAAUGACGGACUUCAAAGAGGAUAUGAUGUGAGCAGACGUUCCAUGUAGAAAUAUGCCCGUCUGAAUCGAAUCGGGAUUCUCGAACGGGGGAGAAGUGGUGGCAGGAAGUACAUUACAAAUAUGACCCUAGAUGGUCUGCAGUGAUGUUCUCAGUGACCCACUCCAAGCUUUGCCAGCAUCCUUUUCCUCCAGGAAACGAUAGCUUUGUGGCCCAUGGCUGCUUAUCUAGACUUCACUUAGAGUUUAUCAACUGAAAGGUUUACAAAACUGAAUCUGGUUGAAUCUCUGUGUAGUGUUCAACUUUAAAGGGUCAACCCAUCUGUCGGCAUUUUGCACACGUAUGUAUUAUUAUGAUACAGCAUAUUACUUUAUGGUAAUUUUUAUUUUUACAUAUAACUACCUCCAUAAAUGUGAUGAAGCGGCAGCAGUGCGUUCAAGUGUAUUGUUCGGAAAAGCAAAGUUGAAAACUUUCUUAACCAUUAGGCCAUGGCGUUCUGUGUGUGUGUCAGCGACUGCCUAUGUGGACUUGUGACUGUUUCAUUGCCAUGGUCUUUCUCUGACGGCAUUAUUUCACUCUCAGCUGUAAACCUGUCUCUCUUCUUCCCCACAAAAGCACACUUGAAUUUGUUAUGAAUGAAAAGGAAGUUUCAAUUUCUUGUCUCCCCUGCCCCGGCUCCUGCCCCCAGCCCCGGACCUCAUUCCUGCUACGAGUUCUCUCCGGCGAAGAGCCAAUUGAUAAACAUAAUUUAGCAAGCUGUUUACGCCUAUAAAAUCUGAUUUGAAUUCUAGGUUUUCGGUCACAAGACACACCAGAAAUUUGGACUGCCAACUUUGAAGCACUUUGGGCCUCUCUGCCUUCACUACUUGCAUGCUACCAUAUUGAGCUCAGACUUCAUUUGAAUUAAAAGAGCUGUGCUUUGUAUCCACAACUUCUGUUCCAUAACUCGUAUUUCAUUUUAUAUAUUUUGCACAUCUCAGGGGACCUUCAUAAGCAUAUGAAAAGGGGGGAAGGGGCUUCCCUGGUGGCGCAGUGGUUGAGAGUCCGCCUGCCGAUGCAGGGGACGCGGGUUCGUGCCCCGGCCCGGGAAGAUCCCACAUGCCGCGGAGCGGCUGGGCCCGUGAGCCGUGGCCGCUGAGCCUGCGCGUCCGGAGCCUGUGCUCCGCAACGGGAGAGGCCACAGCGGUGAGAGGCCCGCGUACCGCAAAAAAA